GCGAAGGGACCGUGUCAAAGUUUGACGGGAAACCCAAGCUCGAGAAUGUUGGAGAAAAAGCAACCUAAGAUGUUAGCUGCGAGGCGAAGCAGCUAACUGAACGAUCAAAGGAAACUGGAAGAAAGAUCCGAGACUUAAGGGACACGAAGGAAAUCGAAGAAAACUAAGUUGGAACUCGUAGGAAAUUCUGAGUGAAAAGCGAUCUUUGAUCGGCGAUCUAAUGACAACCAGAGUCGCGGAUCAGGGUAUACGAAUAAAAAGAAACAAGAUCGCUGGAGAGCGAAACGGGACGAGCAAGGGCACGAUCGUCGGUGGGAAAAGGGUCGAUCCGAUGAAUAAUCGAACCACGAGGUGGUGGAAGCAUGAGAUUUCCGAGUGGCUGUCUUUCCUCGGCUCGACAAAAGUACUUGGCUGCGCGUUACGUAUUGAAAUCCAUUGAGAGGAGAAAAUGGGUGCCAACCAGUCGACGCGAAACGCCCCCACCCCCGGGGAAGAAGUGAAUUUCGAUCACUUUCAAAUUCUUCGCGCCAUUGGAAAAGGAAGUUUUGGCAAGGUGUGCAUAGUGCGGAAGAAACAAGACCGUACAGAGACGAUGUACGCGAUGAAGUACGUUCAUAAGGGCGAGUGUGUCGAAAGGGGUGCGUUGAAAAAUGUGAUACGAGAAGUGGAGAUCCUCUCACGACUGGAACAUCCGUGCUUGGUCAAUCUGUGGUUCAGUUUCCAAGACGAGGAGGACCUGUUCAUGGUCUCCGACUUGCUCCUCGGUGGCGACUUAAGGUACCACAUACAACAGGAAGUCGUAUUCACGGAGAAGAGCGUGUUGCUUUACGUAGCGGAGAUCGCGUUGGCCCUCGAUUAUCUGCAGAGCCACAAAAUCGUUCACCGAGACAUAAAGCCCGACAACAUCCUCCUGGACGAGGAAGGACACGCGCACGUGACGGACUUCAACAUCGCGACGGUGCUGGAGAAUGGCGAAUUGGCGACGUCGAUGUCAGGAACGAAACCGUACAUAGCACCAGAGAUUUACAUGUGCUCUUGCGAGGAGUAUGGUGUUCUUGGUUACGGCUUCGCCGUGGAUUGGUGGAGUCUGGGAAUUCUUGCUUGGGAAACUCUUGCAGGAGAACGGCCUUAUUCUCUUCACUCCACUACGUCGCACAGAGAAGCUUUACGGAUUUUACAGGAGGAAAGGCCGAGACCAGCCGGGUGGAGUCCUUCGUUCCUCGAUCUUCUAGACCGUCUAUUAACCGUGGCGCCAGGCGCUCGGGUAUCGACGUUAAAGGAACUGAAACAAGUGAACGUGAUAAGAGGCCUCGACUUCGACAAAGUGCUGAACAAGCAAAUCAAGCCGGCGUUCGCGCCGCCAAAGGAUCAUCUCAAUUGCGAUCCGACGUUCGAGCUCGAGGAGAUGAUCAUCGAGACGAAGCCGUUGCACAAAAAGAAGAAACGUCUGGCGAAGCAAAGAUCUCUCAAAGUCGAACAAACCCCGGAGGAUGCACUCGGGCUUGCGGAAGGCGCCGGACCGAGCGUGGAUCUCCGGAGAUUAGCAUUCAUUCCAGAAUAUCGUGUGUACAAUCGAGAACGAGAGAUGGAGAGGAGGGAAAUGGAGAAGAAGGAGAGACAGUGGGAAGAGGAACUGAACACUGCCAUGAUGAGUGCCGAAAAGAGACUCAAGACGAAGCAACAACCGACGCAACGGGCCGGGAACCGGCUGAGCGUCUCGACGACGAACGUCAAGACGCGCACAAACGCGUCCCCGAGGCAAGGGAAACGCGCGAGCACCGCGACAUCAUCCGACAUCGACUACAUCGACGCGAGCCCGGAACCCUCCACCUCGUAAAUUCCACCGGAACAAUUUUUCCAGCGCUAAAACGCAAAUAGUCGAGUAUCGAAAACCUCACCUUCAAUCCCCCCCCCACCCU